CUGUUCUUGGCUUUAACAAUAACAUUGACAGAAUGGAAAUCGGUAAUACCCAGAACCCGUUGAAGAUAGGAAUUAUUUUAAAUUGAUGAUCAUUAUUGGUUGUGGUGUAAGUGGACUUCACCAGAAACUGAAGGAGAAGGGCCUGAUGGGGAAACACCGUCGAAAAUGGAAAAUUUUUGUCGUGGCUGUCUUAAAUUUAAUUGAAAGAAGGACAACUCGUCGUUGAACUGUUCGGCGAAAAAUGGAUGACCAAAGCCGUUUGAAAGUACGGAAAAAUAAAUAAGGAGCCGUCAUGCAACAUGGUCUCCCUUAACGUUUAGGGGAGUGGGGAGGGGGUAAGGCGAGCCCAUUACUGGACGAUUGUAGCGCAGGACAUUUUUAACCAAAAGGAAAAAUGAAGUUCACCGAAUGCUGAGGACGGCACACAACAACAAGUACAACAAAAGUAAAACUGUUUUUACUAGAACUUGCUAUCGUGACGCUAUUGAAAAAAGUCUGGUGGUCGAGGACAUGAAGGAAUAGUGUAUGAUGUCAUUGGUGAUCUAUUUAUAGUCCCUCGCUUCAACGUGAUGCAAUACAGCUGUAAACAAACGAAAUAACACAUUCGGGAUAUAAAAGUACCUUUCCUUGAGUUUUCUUCAUUCUCGAAACACUGAAAGCAACAUGAAAAAUACCUCCACAGAAAAUUUUUAUCGCCAAACAAAUCGGCAAUGUAGGCAAAAUGGGAAUAGUCGCCCGACAAGCCGUGACAACAACUUCUUCACGAACUUUUAUACAGUCACAUAAUCGAAGGUGUUUUACGCGGCAAAACACGAUCGAAGAUCCUUUGCUAGAAGAUGCUCAAAUAUAUGUCGGAGAAAACUUCGUCGUCAAACAUGGAAAUCUAUUUAACCUUCGCCGUAAAGUUUGCUCGCAAAACCAUCCUGGGGUCGUAUUUACAGAGCUAAGGCCACUGAAGCCAGUGUCACAAAUGUCCUUGUCUAACGGAGCUAAACGAAUGCGUACAUGUCCGAAUGCCGGUGGAAGCUCGGAGAAAAGUGAAGUGCUCAGUUUUGAGUUACUUCAGAGGUGUUUUGGAGCAGAUCUACAGAAAACUGAGAUGGAGGUGCAGUAUUUUCCCGAAGGGGGCGCUAUCACCGAUUACACUUGCGAGAUGUUCAGCACAAGACUUGGAGUCUCUGUGACACGAGCUAUGAAGUAUGACGGAGAUUUCACAGUCGAAGAUGCCGAAAGGUUACUAAACAAAAAGCUCCAUGGAGUGUUAAGGUCCACCAAAAACACCAUGGAAAGAUGGAGCAAGCAAAUUUUACAUGUAUGGGCAACAUCUCUUGCCGUGUCUGUUCUUAUUGCAGAGGCUUACAAUCAAAUUCCCAAGGACUUGAGGUCCAACACGGUUGUGUUAGUGACUGUCACAGAAAACAAUGAAGUGUUUUCAAAUUAAGUUAUUUCACAAAUUAACUUUAUAUAUGAUUAACUUUAGCGAAGUAGUCACUUCAUGUAGUAUUUUAUCAUUUUAUAUUGUUGUUGGCUGUGGUUGUUUUUGUUUAUUUAUUUGGCUAUUUAUUUUAUAAUUAUGCUUGCUUUGGUAGGUCCACCUCAGGUAUAAGAUCGAGAGCUGCCCAUUUAAUGACCUACAAAACAAAAAAGUAUAUAUGUAUGUAUGUACAAUGUAAAUAGAGAUAGCUUCGUUCCAGACUUUUCCUGACAAAUGUUUAAGAAACUGUUGUAUAAAUUUGUAUAUAAAUUUGUAAAAUAAUAAAGAGAUAUCACAGUUGUUUUUGUGACUGUUACAGAAAACAAUGAAGUGUUUUCAAAUUACGUUAUUUGACAAAUGUAAUCAUAGAUAGCUUUCUUUCAGAGUGUUGGAUACCAAUUUUUAAGAAACUGUUGUAUAAAUAUCUGAAAAAUCUCGUUUAUUUUUUCUCAAGACCUGCGAUAGGAAGAAACCAAGGACUUAGGCACAAUGGCUAGGCUUAAUCAAUAUUAUUUCAAGCCAUUUGUGAUGGACCGCGGCUAAAAACAACAGAAACAAUGAACCUUUUAUAGCCCUUAAAACAAUGGAGGUUGUGAACAAUGGAGUGAAUGAAAUUACAGGUUUGAAGAGGUGCACAGCUUACUGAUUAAAAUGUGUUCCGAAAAUAUCCAUACCCCUCCGAUAGAGGGUUUUUGGUAUGAACCCCUCACCUCCCCCCUACCCUACUGGAAACUCUAGUUUUGGUUCAUACUUACCGUUAAAAAUUUGGGCUUUUGAGACACCCCCAUUUGCCCUUGGAAUUUCCAGUAACACUCCUUGAGGGAUAUUUUCUGGAAACAUACACUGGUACAGGUGGGAGACAGGGUACAUUGCUUGCUGAAUGUCAGCAUAAGGGCUCCGAAUUUAAACCUCCAGGUUCAUACAUUUUGUUCUGGUGUAAAAUGCUUUCUUCUUACAGGACCACACAUCAACUACAGCAAUCUGACAAAGAAUGGACUUGAGCAUCAGCCUUCCACAAAGAUUUAACAAUCAUGCUAUGGACACCCAUGUUGAUUAACUUGUGAGACAGAGAUUCCCUUUCUGCUUGACAAGACACAAGAGGGUCUCUAACCCAGCAGAAAGAGAAUGGAAUCUCUGUCUUGCAGAGCAAGUGUGGAUCAAUGAACCAUUAGACUCUGUAAGCACUGUCCUUUUUAUUUAACAACUGGUACAUCAAGACUGUACAAAUAUUUUCAAACAAUAGGCCAUAUUUAUAUUCAUGGUACUGGACUGAAACUGGGAGGCACGGUGGCCUCCUGGUUAGUGCACUCGUCUCUGGAUCGAGCGGUCCGGGUUUGAGCCCUGGCCGGGGAC